UCCCACCGUUUCAUGCUCAGAGCACAUCAUCCAGUCUGUUAAUUUAAUUUUAAAAUCAUAUUUUUGAUUUUUAAAGACUUUUUAUUAAAAAAAAAAAUCUGCAAUUGGGAAUAUAUUUGCAGCAUGAAUGGUUAGACGUCCCUUCUGUUUGUCGUUUAGUGCCCAUCAUUUUAAGAUGUGUUUGUGUAACAUUCACAGCUUCAUGUCAACUCUAAUGGACUCUGUCAUCUCAUUAUCAUCAGAGAAUGUUUAUGAUGAAACAUUUUAAAUAUAAACACAUUUUCAUCAUAAACAUUUCAUAACUAUUAAAAAACGGCAUACACAGAGGGGCUGUCCUGGAUUUUGAAGGCUCUGUCUUUGGUUUCAAGCUCACCCAUUCUGCUUCACAGCAGUUCUCUCCUCAGCAUGUCAGGCUUAUGCAUAUUUCAUUUGCUCGUCUUCAGGGCAGCUAUCAAAUGAAUCAAGCUGGAUGGAUAGAGGUGGAGCUGGGGAGCUGAUGAGGAGGAUGAUGUGUGAAAGCGAGGGGCUGGGUUUGGGGACAACCACUAACACCUGCCCCCUCCUCUCCAUGAAUGAAUGGGUUAUGAGAUGAGAGGGGAUCUGGACGAUUUAUUCUCUUCAGCUGCAGAGAAGAACGGGGCCACAAUGUUUUGGGACUAAAACCUGGAUUUCACACCUCUAGUUUGCUCCCCCUUUGUUCAAAACCACUCCUCAAUGGAUCUUUUAAGGACGCACACAUUUCUGAUUCUGUUGCUCUUAGGACAUUGAGGUACACUUUUCUCUUCUGCACGGAUCCAAAAGUUGGAAAAGUCCUCAUCACUUUGGGACCUCUAGCACCACAGGUGUCAACCCCAACUGGUACACAGUGAAGGAGGAUGACAAGCGGCAUCUAGUGGAUAUUUUUUUUCUCGUUUUCUUCAUAAGAACUACUGAGUAGCUAAGAUUUUGUUUUGGAAUAAAAGAAAAACAAAAAACCGAAAAGAUGCCUUUUGAUUUUGCAAGUUUGAAAAAUCAGGUGCUAAAACCUGGGAAGGAGGAGGCCAAGAAUACUGUGGGGGAUUCUUUAGGAAAGCUGCAGAGGAAAAUGGACGGUAGUAAUGUUGAGGAUGAGGAAAACAUUGAACUGACAGAAGAUGGACAGCCGGUGACAUCAGCACCACUUCCUGCCCCCCUGCUGGACUGCAGCUGCGGCGGUCUGCCCAAGCGCUACAUCAUUGCCAUCCUCAGUGGCCUGGGCUUCUGCAUCUCCUUUGGCAUCCGAUGCAACCUGGGCGUGGCCAUUGUAGAGAUGGUGAACAACAACACAGUCUAUAUCAACGGGACGCGAGUGAUUCAGAAAGCUCAGUUUAACUGGGACCCAGAGACUGUGGGGCUGAUCCACGGGUCCUUCUUUUGGGGCUACAUCGUCACUCAGAUCCCAGGCGGAUUCAUCUCCAACAAGCUGUCUGCCAACAGGGUUUUUGGGGCUGCCAUUUUUCUAACAUCAGUGCUGAACAUGUUCAUCCCGUCAGCUGCCAGGGUGCACUAUGGCUGCGUCAUGUUUGUACGCAUCUUGCAGGGGUUAGUGGAGGGGGUCACCUACCCAGCGUGUCACGGGAUGUGGUCCAAGUGGGCUCCGCCUCUCGAACGUAGUCGACUGGCGACCACAUCAUUCUGCGGUGAGUCACGUCGCUCCUUUCUUUAAUCUAACAAACAGCAGCUCUGAGCUUUUUUUUACCAUUCCAAACAUCUUUGAUGGAACCUCCUCACAAGUCACAAGGAGUAC